AUAAGCCCUUUCGUGAUGAGCAACGGUGAUCGUUUGAGAAUACCUUGGAUUUUUGUGCACUCCUCAUAUGGAAUUGCCUGUCAUAAGCAGUCCUAUGCUCCACCCCCUCACCCGAUGGCUCCUCCCAGCCCCAGCACCAACAGCUGCAGCGGCCCUGAGCAGCUCAGUAAGACCAACCUGUACAUCCGAGGCCUCCCCCCAGGGACCACAGACCAAGACCUGAUCAAGCUGUGCCAGCCAUACGGAAAAAUUGUUUCGACAAAAGCAAUCCUGGACAAAAACACCAAUCAGUGUAAAGGCUACGGCUUCGUGGACUUUGACAGCCCAGCGGCAGCUCAGAAGGCCGUGUUGUCGCUCAAGGCCAGUGGCGUGCAGGCGCAGAUGGCCAAGCAACAGGAGCAGGACCCCACGAACCUGUAUAUCUCCAACCUGCCGGUGUCCAUGGACGAGCAGGAGUUGGAAAGCAUGCUGAAGCCCUUUGGACACGUCAUCUCCACGCGGAUCCUGCGGGACGCCGGAGGGGUCAGCCGCGGGGUCGGCUUUGCCAGGAUGGAGUCCACAGAGAAGUGUGAAGUGGUGAUACAGCAUUUCAACGGGAAGUACCUGAAGACACACCCAGGCAUUCCAGGGCCCACCGAGCCUUUGCUCUGCAAGUUUGCUGAUGGCGGUCAGAAGAAGCGCCAGGGUCAGAGCAAAUACCCGCAGAACGGCCGGGCGUGGCAUCGAGACGAGAGCGGAAUGGCGAUAACCUACGACCCCACCGCAAUGCAGAACGGAUUCUACUCGCCGCCCUACAGCAUCGCCACAAACCGUAUGAUCGCGCAGGCAUCCAUCACGCCAUUCAUCGCCGCCUCGCCAGUCUCGACAUAUCAGAUUCACCAGAGCCACCCUUUCUGA